AUGUCAAAGGUUCUAGUUUUAGGGGCUGGAGUGUCAGGCUUGACUUCCGCUCUAUCUUUGAUUGAAACAUUUCCUGAUAGUAUCAAGGAGUUGACUAUAAUAUCUUCCGAAUUCCCAGGGGACUACCAUUCUCAUGACUUUGCAUCACCUUGGGCAGGUGCCAAUUGGUGUUCCUUUGCUAGCAAUUCUGACAAAUACCAAAUCAUUCGUGAUAAGUUCACUUAUUUAAAAUUCUUAGAGUUGUCAGAAAGGGAUCCAAGAACGCAAAUUAAGAAGUUCCCAGUUAAACAUAUUGCUAGCAAAGAGAAAGAGACACCAUGGUUCAUUAAGGAAAACUUCGUUAAAGAUCUCACAAAAAUCACACCAGAAGAACUAAGGGAAAGAAAUUUUGAUCCUGACAAGUUUGUAGGUUGGCAAUUUACGACUGUAUCUAUUUCACCAAAUUUGUACAAUAAUUUUUUAUUAUCUCAGUUGAAAACUCAUAAUGUUAUAACAAAGAGAAUACAGAGGAUUGAACAUAUUGAAGAAGUUAUUGAUAUUUUAGGUUAUACACCAGAUCUUGUGAUUAAUUGUUCUGGUAUUAAUGGCGGCAAGAUUUUGUCUGAACUAGAUCCAGAAGAGGCUGACAAAGUAUAUCCAGUAAAAGGUCAAAUACUUCAAAUUUAUGAAGAUUUACCUUUCCAAAUUAUGGGUGAUGACCUACCUACUGCUGACAUACCACUAGAAGAUGAAUUUUUAAACAUUUUCCCAAGACCAGAGGGAGGUUGUAUUGUAGGUGGUAUAAUGAGAGCAAAUGAUGGUUCCCGAAAUGAAAUAGAUGGAUUGUUUGACAAUAUCGAAAGAAUUGCUAAAAGACAUGUCCCUGAAUUACAAAAAUUUACUGUCUUUAAUAAGUAUGUUGCAAUCAGAAAUGCAAGAAAAGGUGGUGUUCGAAUUGAGUUUUCGAAUUAUGUAAUGAAAUCACAUAAAGGGAAUUUGAAUGUAGUCCAUAACUAUGGUAUCGGUGGCUCAGGGUAUCAGUCUUCCUUUGGCAGUGCAAAACAAGUAUGUGAACUUUCAACAGGGGUGCUAGGCAAGAAAACUUAA